AUGACGAAUACGCUAACAGUUGCUACCGACGAAACGACCAGCCCUUCGAUCAUCGAGCCUAGCAAAUCUCAUUCGCCAACUCCGAUUAAGACUGAACUACUCCAACAAUCGUUGAUCAAGGUGACAAGCUGGACCGAACGAAUUAAAAACUAUUUUAUCACUCACGAUGGUCGAAUUUCUUUAGUCGAAUUUCUGUUUGCUUUAACCUGUGUUAUUAUCCAGCACAUCAUGGGCACUUGUCAUCAUUAUCUACGAGAUGGAACCAAUCUCGUCAAUUGGCACACUUUUGCUCCGCCAUUCGGUGCCGGUCCACAAACGGCAUUGUUCUUCUUCAUACUAUCAUGGAUAACAUUAUUUUAUUGCGUUGAACGUCUAUGGAGUCAUAUAGUCAUAGGUACGCAUGCAUCGAAAAAGCAUGAUCUUCUUGUACAUGGAAUGAUUGGUAGUUUGUUUCUAACGGCAUUUGCUUUCAAUGUUUGGGGUUAUGCUCUAUGCGAAAGCACAACUGAUGCCGAUGGAUUGAAACAAUUCGUACCUGGUGUUUGCCGCGGAGAUAGCAAAGCAUGUAUUCCGCUUCUUCCAGGCGUGUUGAUCGCAUGUGCAACUGCUUGUGCAUUCUUUUCAGAACAUAUCCUUGCGUUAAUUAGAGUAAUUAAAGCUCGUCAAGAAGUGCAAAGCGAUGGAAUAACUCGAAUUAUACCGUAA